UUCAAAAUUCGUCACAAAUCUUUGAAUUUUUUUCCCUUUUUUUCUUCCUCCUCUGUUCACAAAACCCACUUGAAAUGUCUCUUCCACCCUUACUCUCUCUCUUCCCCUCGUCUUCUUGAGAGAGAAAGAGCGCGGAUUUCAAAAGGGUUUCAAAAAAUUUCCCCUCUUUUCAUCUCAUACUUCAAUAACAACCAAAACCCUUUACUAGAUUUGUAUAUUAACUCACUUGGAUCACUUUAUCGCAUCUGGGUUUGAUUUGUUUUGUACAAAUUUGUUCUAAUUUGUUCUAAUUUGUUCGGUUUUUAUAGGAUCUGUUACAUGCUAAAAUACCCUUUUUGUUCUUGACUUCAAUUGGUUUAAUUUCAUAUUUUUCAUGCGAUCUGUGAUUAUAUCUGUUUAGGGUUUGAAAAAGUUUGAAAAAGUUUGAAACUUAUGGCAGGAUGGUCCAAGGUUGCAGAUGGGUCUGCAUUGGAUUGUUUUAGAACCCUAGAAGAGAUUCACAAUUAUGGGGUUUCUUUGAAAUGUGGAGAGAUUUCAAAGAUCGAUAGUAAGUUUGGGAAAGUGUUCAAUCAAAUUGUUUCUAGGUUUUUGAAAGAGUAUUGUAACAGUAAUUGUUUUAGGCCUUUUCCUCCAAUGCUUGGAGAUGGUAAGCCUGUUGAUUUGUUGAGGCUUUAUUUGUGUGUGAGGGAAAAAGGCGGGUAUAAGAGCGUUUCGAAGAACGGGAUUUGGGAUUUGGUUGCGAAAGAAAUAGGGUGCGAUUCGAAGUCUUCGGCAAGCUUGAAGGUGGUUUACGUUAAGUAUCUAGACUUGUUGGAUGAGUGGUUUUUGAAAACUGUUAAAGAUAAAGAUCUAAUGAGCGAAUCCUCGAGUUUUGGUGACGUUGAGAUGAAAGUUCAUGAUUCCAGAAAGUUUUUUUCGGAUGUUGCGAUGAAAGAUUUCAACGAGUUUGUGGAGGGAGAAUUGGAUGUUAAGGAUUUGCAGAGUUGUGUUGGGUCGGUUGAAGGGUUAGAUGUUAAAGAUGGUGUGGUUAUUGAAUCGGGUUUGGGCACUAAAGAAGAAAACGAGGUUAGUCGAAAGAGAAAACGAGAACGUUAUUUGCCGAUGUUGGAUUGGAUUAAAAGAGUGUCGAAAGACCCGUGUGAUCUUGCCAUUGGGUCGUUGCCUGAAAGGUCUAAAUGGAAGAUUUAUGGAGGUGAACAUGUAUGGAAGCAGGUUCUUUCGGCUCGGGAGGCAAGGCUUUUGCCGACUAACGUUGACCCGAUAGUCAAACUCAAAUGGCAGAAGACUCAGCGGAUGCAUCCAUCAAUGUACGACGACCUGAGCGAGAAAUCAACAUCAAGAUGUAGCCAGAGGCUCAUUACUGCUAAAGAGACCCGAGUCUCACGUCCUUCAAACAAACCCCAGCCUCAAGAUUGCUCCGAGUCAUCAUCCACCGGGAGCCCGAGCGACCGUGAGGAUGAAGAUUCUUUCUGGGGUUACAAGUUAAAGCGAAAACGGAUGCCAUUGGGACGCCAUUUUCAAGCCACAGUACCCGAGUGGACCGAGCAGACUUACAACCCCGACACCAAAUGGCUCGGCACUCCAAUCUGGCCACUAGCAAAAACCGAAGCUAGAAGUAGUUUAAUCGAGCUUGAAAGAAUCGGAAAAGGAAGGCAAGAUUCGUGUGGCUGCCAGUUUCCGGGCUCGGUAGAAUGCGUUCGGUUUCAUAUCUUCCAGAAACGAAACAGGGUCACCCUUGAACUGGGGUCCGCUUUUUAUAAAUGGAAGUUCGAUGAUAUGGGUGAGACGGUUGCUCUUAAGUGGACUUCUAAUGAGGAAAAGAUGUUUGAGGAUAUAAUAAAGGCGAACCCUCCGUCUUCGGGUAUAACCUUUUGGGACGAUCUAACGAGCCAUUUCAAGGGCAAAAGCAAGAGGGUUUUGGUUAGUUACUAUUUCAACGUGUAUCUUAAUAGGCGUAGGGCCCACCAGAACCGAUCUGAUCCAAGUAACAUUGAUAGCGAUGACGAUGAACUUGAGAAAGCUGGAAAUGAGGCAAGCAGUAAUGAUCCUGGAUCCAUCUUUUGUUCCCCAAAGAAGGUGCAUUUAAAUGGUAGAUGAUGGAUGUUAUUGGAGUGUGUUUCUUGUAUGUUUUCUUCAUAAUUCUAUGCGGUUUUGCUAAGGAGAUUGUUGACCCGAGGUUUGACCGGAAACGGGAAAAAAAACUCGGGGUUAAGUGUUGAAGUUUUAUUGUUAUAAUGUACAUGGAGAAGAUUAUGGUGGUUAACUGUUUUUGCUGCUUUUGUAGUCUUUU